AUGGCUGCAGAAAUUCCCGGGUCCGUGACGCUGCCCGUCGCCCCCAUGGCGGCCCCGGGACAGGUGCGGAUGGCCGGGGCCCUGCCCGCUCGCGGAGGGAAGCGACGCUCUGGGAUGGACUUCGAUGACGAGGAUGGCGAAGGCCCCAGCAAAUUCUCCAGAGAGAACCACAGUGAGAUCGAGCGGCGCCGGAGGAACAAGAUGACCCAGUACAUCACGGAGCUGUCGGACAUGGUGCCCACCUGCAGCGCACUGGCCCGCAAGCCCGACAAGCUGACCAUCCUGCGCAUGGCCGUGUCACACAUGAAGUCCAUGCGGGGCACCGGCAACAAAUCCACGGACGGCGCCUACAAGCCUUCCUUCCUCACUGAGCAGGAGCUGAAGCACCUCAUCCUGGAGGCGGCCGAUGGGUUUCUGUUUGUGGUGGCAGCCGAGACGGGGCGCGUCAUCUACGUGUCGGACUCGGUCACUCCCGUGCUGAACCAGCCGCAGUCGGAGUGGUUCGGGAGCACCCUGUACGAGCAGGUGCACCCCGACGACGUGGAGAAGCUGCGGGAGCAGCUGUGCACCUCAGAGAACUCCAUGACAGGCCGGAUCCUGGACCUGAAGACCGGCACGGUCAAGAAGGAGGGCCAGCAGUCGUCCAUGCGCAUGUGCAUGGGCUCCCGGAGGUCCUUCAUCUGCAGGAUGAGGUGUGGGAACGCCCCGCUGGACCACCUCCCGCUGAACCGGAUCUCCACCAUGAGGAAGCGCUUCAGGAAUGGUCUUGGCCCUGUGAAGGAAGGCGAGGCCCAGUACGCCGUGGUCCACUGCACGGGGUACAUCAAGGCCUGGCCCCCCGCGGGAAUGACCAUCCCGGAAGAGGACGCGGACGUGGGGCAGGGCAGCAAGUACUGCCUGGUGGCCAUCGGGAGGCUGCAGGUGACCAGCUCCCCCGUGUGCAUGGACAUGAGCUCCAUGGCCGUCCCCACGGAAUUCCUCUCACGGCACAGCUCGGACGGUGUCAUCACCUUCGUGGACCCGCGGUGCAUCAGUGUGAUCGGCUACCAGCCCCAGGACCUUCUCGGGAAGGACAUUCUGGAAUUCUGCCACUCAGAGGAUCAGAGCCACCUGCGGGAGAGCUUCCAGCAGGUGGUGAAGCUGAAGGGCCAGGUGCUGUCCGUCAUGUACCGCUUCCGCACCAAGACCCGGGAGUGGGUGCUGCUCCGCUCCAGCAGCUUCACCUUCCAGAACCCCUACUCGGACGAGAUUGAGUACAUCAUCUGCACCAACACCAACGUCAAGCAGCUGCAGCAGCAGCAGGCGGAGCUGGAGGUGCACCAGCGGGAUGGGCUGCCGGCCUACGACCUGUCCCAGGUGCCCGUGCCCAACCUGCCGGCAGGUGUCCACGAGGCCGGCAAGUCCGUGGAAAAGGCAGACGCCAUCUUUUCCCAGGAAAGGGACCCCCGCUUUGCUGAGAUGUUCGCAGGGAUGGGCGCGUCUGAGAAAAAGAUGAUGAGCUCAGCCUCAGCUGCGGGGACCCAGCAGCUCUACUCCCAGGGCAGCCCGUUCCCGGCGGGGCACUCGGGGAAGGCCUUCAGCUCCUCUGUGGUGCACGUGCCCGGCGUGAGCGACAUCCCCGCGUCCUCGUCCACCGGCCAGAACAUGUCCCAGAUCUCGCGGCAGCUGAGCCAGAGCCAGGUGGCCUGGACAGGGAGCCGGCCGCCCUUCCCGGGUCAGCAAAUCCCCUCUCAGUCCAGCAAGACCCAGUCGUCCCCCUUUGGAAUCGGAACGAGCCACACCUACCCGGCCGACCCCUCUUCCUACAGCCCCCUGUCCAGCCCCGCCACGUCCUCGCCCAGCGGAAGCGCCUACUCCAGUCUGGCCAACCGGACGCCAGGGUUCGCUGAGAGCGGACAGAGCAGCGGGCAGUUCCAGGGGCGGCCCUCGGAGGUCUGGUCGCAGUGGCAGAGCCAGCACCACGGGCAGCAGAGCGGCGACCAGCACCCGCACCCGCAGCCCGGCCAGACCGAGGUGUUCCAGGACAUGCUGCCCAUGUCGGGGGACCCCACCCAGGGGACGGGCAACUACAACAUCGAGGACUUUGCCGACCUGGGAAUGUUCCCGCCGUUCUCUGAGUAGCUGGGCAGAGGGAGGCCCCGGUGGCGCCACCCGCAGGCCACCCACGCGCCCGGAUGGGCCCUGCCAGCCGCUGCCCCCAACCUCUCCCCAGCCCCCGCACUGAGGCUCAGCCUCCACAGCCGGCGUCGGCGCUUGACCGUGGCCCGGAGCCGCUGUGGGUCCCCUGCAGCCCCAUCGCCUGUGACACUGAGGUGCGCCCAGGGACCUGUCCUCCCCUCCCUCUCCGCACCCCGGCCUGGGCCCGGGGGGUCUCAGCACACAGCCCUGUCCCUGCCGUCCUGACGGUGCGCGGGCCCAUCGCCGGGCAGGAGCCCAUCGCCGGGCAGGAGCCCCGGGCCAGGCACGACCCGGGCAGCAGCGGUCCCUGGCUGCAGCUCCGUCGGCUGGCGCGACCCUCGCCUUCACAGCUGGGGCCUUUGGUCCGGGCUCUGGUGCGCACCCAGGGCCCCCCGCCCAAAGCCGCCUGCCGUCCCCCAGGCACCCCGCGGGAGCAGCCCCUCCUGCCCUCCGGGCUGAGCCCAGGCCCGGUGGGGUCUCGCCAGAACCCCUGAGUCAGAGCCCCGGAGGCACCCUCAGGUCCCAGAGACCUCGGCCCUGGAGGAGGCUGGAUGGAUGGGGUGCCCGGGCCAGGUGGGCACCCCCCAGGAACCGCCUCUGCUCCCCAACUGGAGACGGUGUAGGGCAAACCCUACGUUGGAGACAGGACUCCACGUCCCUCCCUGCCAAGCCGCUGGGGAGCAGCAGAGUGCAGGGUUCUGGUGCCAGCUCUGGUUCUGCCUCCCAGUUCCUCGCUUGGCCUCCUUUCUGGAAGCUUCUACUUGUGGACUGGCGCUCAGAUUGGAGGAGAGGAGCUGAGGGUCCCCCUUGCUCUGGCUGCACCCUCAGCCUCGUCUCCUCUCCUCUUUUCCUGCACGUCAGCUCCUCCUGGACUGAGGAGAUGCCCCACAGAGCCUCAGGGCCAGUGGAGGGCCCCCCGAAAUUCGAGUGUCUCCCCAGAAUCCCUCUAGGACCCUCAGGCCCUGGCUCAGGAAGCCCCUCCCUGGGGCUCUGUGGCUAGCAGAGGAGGGUGGUUCCAGGCCACGUGGGUGCUGAGCAGGCCCAGAGGCAGGCAGGGGGUGCCCUGAGUUUCUGGAAGCUGCACAAGGGGUGCCUGCCUGCCUGGCCGCCAGGGGUCCAGAGCCUGGUCCUGCUGCCCCCUCCUGUGCUGCCAGCGUGUGAUGGCCUCAGGCUGCGAGGGCGGCUGGAGCCCCGCUUGUGGGCGGCAUGGGUCUCCCUUCCCCGCUGCCCCCCAAGGGGCCCGCUCAUUGCCAUGAAAGCGGAGGGGGCUCUGGGACCCAAGAGUCGUUCCAAGUGACACGACAAGGCACUGUGUGUGGCCUCGGGCUGUGAGCUCGUGGGUCCUGUCUGCUCUCUGUCCGGUGGAGGGUGUCAGCUGCGCCCCUAACCCUCCCGCGGAGGCGCUGAGCCCGCGGGGCAGGCCACUUCGGGGCGGGGGUGGGAAGGGUCCUUCUCUGCCGCUCUCUCCAUGGUGCCCUCGUCAACCAGAGUCCAGGGUGAGGAGCCGGGCCCGCCCCGCUCCGGGCAGGAGGGGGCCAUGUGGGUGGUGGCCCUGGCCUCGCUCUGGACCGGGGCCCCGGGGACUCGUGCUGCAGGAGUGAGAAGAGCUGGGGGCACAGAGGACACUGAGGCGGCCAGUAGGAAGGAAGCCCUGGGGGGAGGGGCUCUGUGCAGUCUGGAGUGGCCCCCGCGCGGCCCCUGUCCCAGGAGCAGAUGCCAGCAGACCCCUUGGCUGGCUCGGCUACAGCCGCCAGGUUCCGGUUCUGCCCCCACAGAGCCCAGCCGAGCUGCGUGGCAGGGAGAGGUGGGACAUGUUGGCCUCACUCGUCUGGCCUCACCUGCCUGCAGGGGCCUCAGCACAAGCAGGGCCGGCCCCCUGCCCGGGCAGUGGCCACUGGAGGCUUGGGCAGGAACGGGCGGGAGCACCCAGUGUCUGGGGGCCUCCACACACACCCCUAAGGCUUUGUUGAGAAGUAGCUGGUCGCCAAGCACACGACCCGUGGCCCUGCCUGCCCUUCACUGCCACCCCUGCAGGGCGCGCCUGUCCCGUGAGCUGGCCGGUCCCCGACAGGCCCAUGCUGGUCACAGGCCGGGAGAGGCGCCGUGGCAGCCGGGACGGGCCCGGACCACGCCCGGCUGUGGACCCACCGGCUCCAUCGCGGGCCACGCUCACUCCAUCCCGAGUGGGCCAGGGCCGCGGCGGCUGGCUGCGCCGGAGGAGGCCCUGGCCGCUGUGUCGCCAGCGUCCCUCCCGGCGGAGGGCCUGGCGGUGGCCGGGACAAGCCAACGCUGGGCCUCUCCCCUCUGAGUGUCGUCCUGUGGGUGUGAGCUGUACUGUGCAGUCGCCGUCCGUGUCUCUUGAAUGUCCUCUGUGACUAACGGUCACUAAGUCGGUCGUGUACGUGUGUAACUAAUGUGACUGCCUUCUAAGUCGUCCUCGCAAUAAAAACUCCGCUCUAGACGGACAGCCUGGCCGGCUCUGUGCCCAGCGCUGUGGGAGCCUCCGCCGC